UUUCAUGCGGGAGUGUUGGCGAAUGGCUGCUGGCAAUUGUUGUGACUGUACAGAGAGUACAGAAAUUAAUGAAAAUACUAAUGGAUUGUUUACUGGCAAUGGAACUCAGAGUGUGGAUGAAACUGAUCUAGCUGCCUCUAGGCGACCUCGUAUAUACGCUCAAUUUGAACCCCAAAGAGUUCAUAUUUUCUGGGAUCUUUUCGCCGCUGUCUCCAUCUUGACUUUCGUCGCCGAUAUCGCAUCCGAUUUAGUCGUUUCCGUGUUGUAUUACUUCGAUGGCUCUUAUUUGUGGUUUUCGCUGACGUUAGGAUUUGUACUUCUGUCGUCCAUUGUGAUGCAAGUUUUCUCUGCCAAAUGGUUUCACGAAGACGGUGAAAAGCAGAACUGGUGUGCAUAUUUGUUGCAUCUUUUUCAGCUUGGUCCACUCGUUAGGUACUGGCAAGUCAUUAGAGCUGGAUGGCGUACUCGUCAGGCAAACUCCAGUGACAGUGACUAUGAAGCAUACCUGGCAGAAUGGAGGGACAUCAGCAUGCUGCGACUGUUUGAAUGCUUCUUAGAAUCUGCUCCCCAAUUGGUUCUCCAACUGUAUAUCAUGGCUUACGAUAGGGAAUUUGAGAUUGAGAGUGACCUGUUCACAGCCAUUGCUGCUGCAAGUUCAUUAGUAUCUCUUGCAUGGGCAAUUGUGGCAUACACCAAAGCUCUUAGAGAUUUCUUUGGGAAAGGAACUGCCAUUUCCUGGAUUGGGUUUUUUCUUCAAAUUAUGUGGCGCAUGUUCAUGGUGGCAUCUCGAGUUGUGGCAUUAGUUCUAUUUGCUUCUUACUACACCAGAGGAGUGUUUGUGGCUGUAGGUGUUCAUUGGUUCAUUAUGACAGUUUGGCUUGCUUGCCAGAAAACUCAUUUUUGUGUUGAUGAGCAUGGAAAAACACAUUUGUGCCGUGAAUUUUUAUUCAACUCUGUGAUUGGCUUUGUGAACAUAUUUUGCUUUUUCAACAUUAAAGAAGGCAUGACUCGUAUUCGAGUUAUUCCUUACUAUGUCAUCAUGCUUGGGGAGAACACUCUGUUUAUAGUGAUGUGGUAUCCAGUCAGGACACUGUAUGGAGGCAUUGAGACUGCGGCACUUAUCAUUGUGUGGGGAGGAUUUGCAUGUGGACUCCUGUGUAUGGUUUCCUAUUACUGUUUUUACCAUCCUUCCCUCUCUGUGAAAGGGAUCUGUGUCAAGAAGACACAAUUAGAUGUGCAAGAGCACCAACACUUUACAGUUUGUUGGUGCUGCUGCUGUGAGAUCCAAAGAAAGCAAGCGAACCCUGAAGAAUCUGACAAAAGAUGCUCAGUAGUUGUCCGUCAAAGACCUUACCUAAGAGGAAACGCACAAGCUGGUUCACAUGGAAAUUUACGAGUGGAUGUAGAUCUUGUACCACGUACGUCAUUGAGCCGGGAGCAGGACACUAAUGGAGUGAUUUCUGGAAUUCAAGCCAAUUAUCGAAGAACUGAGUGGUUGUAGUGUUUUAAAAGUUUUUUCUUGUGGGAAGUGGCUAGUUAGUUUCAUAAUACAUGUAUUACAUGUAUAAUAUUUCUAUAUAAUAUAAUAUUAAUAAUAUUUUCUAAUGUGAAGAUUAAUAUAAGUUAUUAGUAGCAAAUUUAUCAUUUAUUGUUCAGUUCUUUCACUAAUUUACAAAAGAAUACUUUUAUUUAUUACAAUUUGCCAAAAAAUGCAACAAUUUGUCAGAAUGCACACAAUUUCACAGAUAAAUUGGUAGCAAUAUUAUUUUUGAUAAAACAACAGUCGAGUUAUUUAAAAACAAUUGACCUUCAUUGGAUAAUUUGUCCAAGAUUGAUAUGUUUUGAAUUUCAUAACAAAUAUGGAAUAGUAAUUUGUGUGUUAUGAAACUGAUGAUUAAUCCAAAAAAUAUUCCUUUUUGCUUUGGAAUUAAUGGUGAUCUUCUCUUGUUCUCCAAAGCCCAUAAGAGGUCAUUUUGCUGUGACAGCUUCAAAUCAUUGCUAUUUUUACAACAAGCUAAUUAUUGAGUUUUUAUUACAAAAUAUUUAAUUUUGUGUAAUUUAUUUCAAGGUGUAGUCAUAGUCAUAGCUCAUCAUGUAAUGUUUAUCUUUAACAUCUCAACAAUGGCUGCAUAUGAGACUAAAUAGAAAAAAGCACUCGAUGAUUUACAAAAAGAAGUUAAAAGAAGCAAUCUCAAGGAGUUGUGUUGCUUUAUAGCACAUCUGUCCAAGUUUGGCAUUAAGUGUGCUUUUUUGUGCAGUGUUAACUAUCUAUUUAAUUUAAAUUAGUGACAAUUUCAGCCAAAUUGUGUACAUACCUCUGUUCUAAGCUCUGCUUGAGGUAUAUUCUUAGGAUAGAAGAAUGUCAUCAAAUCUGUUUGUGUGUAAUUAAGUUAUUUUCAUGUCUGAUUGCAUGGUAUUCAUUUCGUAGCUUUCUUGCAUGAAAUGAAAUGAAGUAUGAAAUUCUAGAAGUUAGAUCCUGGUGAAGAAUGAAACCAGUAAGAAAUAGAUAAAAUCUCUCAACCUGUCAGCACUUUAUCUUAGGGUUCUGCUUUUUAUUUUAUUUUUUCAAACUCCUAAAAGUGAUGAUAAAUUAAUUUUUCCCAGAAAAUUAAGCCACAGCCUGAGUUCAAUGUCUGUUCCUUAAGUAAGAAGAAGUCUAAGAUUACCAAUUAAAUUUCUUUAGUAACUGUAGACAGUGAUGAAAUUACCUUACAACCUAGUCUGUGGCAAAUAGAGUAUGAAAUCUAAGUCAGCUUGACUGAGUAAAGACAGACCAGGUGACGUGAAUCAGACAGGUUCCACUUAAUUUUAUUAUUGAUUAGGUGAGUCUACUAGAGUUGAUGAAGAUUAUUCUAAGAAAUAUGCAUUCUAAUGUUUCCAAACUCUUUUCACCUAGACUGUCUUUAUUCAGUCAGGCUGACUUACUUUUUGUACUCCAUUUGCCCCAGACUAGGUUGCAAGGUAUUUUCAUCACUGUCUACAGUUUUAAUGAUGAGCCUUCUUAAAAUUAACAAUGACCAGCUGGAGCACAGCUAGUAGUGGGAAAUGUACUUAUGUCUAAAAGUGGAAAAGUAAAGUGUAAGAGUAAACUUUCAGCCACAGCAUGAACAUGCGACAAUGGGAGAAGGCAAUAAUCCAUUCAAACAUAAAGAGAGACUUUUUACCGUUAGUAUGUUUGACUCUCGAUUGAGCAGUCUGGGGUGAAGGCCUGGCUGGAGUCGUGUUCAUAGCUAGGCAAGACAUGAAAUCUCACGGUGAUUCACCACCCAGAGCUGAGGGAGGUAGAAGUACUCCAAGCCGCCUAAUGCAACAUAAGCCAGCAAUAAGCGGCAGCCUAAUGAUUCACUAUGCUAUAAUGUACAUCUUUGUCUCCCUUAACAAGGGCCAGUAUGUAGUGUCUCACUUAGAUCAUGAGGUGAAUUUCUUUGAAGUUACUCUUCGAUCAAUCUCUAAUACCCAAUAAAGAAUUAGAACUUUCAAAACAAAAGUUCUCUUCCUCUUACAAGUUAUGAUAUUAAGGGUAUUUUGUAGUAUUUGUUGAUGUCGUUGUUUCCAGAGGCCUUGAACCUGGGUGAUGUUUCAAGGGUUCACAAGAAAAAUGUCUGAAAUUUCAAUUUCCACUUACACUGUCCUGGUAAUAUUCAUUCAUUUGGUUGGCUAUCUUUAGUUCAGUUGAUCUAAAUGGAAGUGAAUAUCUGAGCCACUAAAGUGACAGGGUAAACUAUUUGAUGUCACCUAUUUUCACAAACAAAGUGUCAAGUGUCAUGAAAAUAGAAAACAUAAACAAUUCAGUAUCCAUUAUCAUAAAAACAAAAUAACCUUGCUAUAAUGACCAGAAGGAGCACAGUGACAUAAUAGUGGAAGUGUACUCUUGUGGGACGUGGCUAAAAUGGUGAAGAAAAGUUUAAGAGUAAAGUCAUGGUAGAAGGCAUUAACCCAGUAGCUACCACCCAAAAUAUAGAGAGAUUUGUACGGUUAGUAUGUUUGCAGAUAAUUUGAGCAGUCAGGGUUGAAGACCUGGCCAGAGUCGUGUUCUUGGGCAAGAUACCAAAUUUUACAAUGAUUCUGCACCCAGGGCCAAGGGGAGUAGAAGUACUCCAACCCUAACCCUAACAUAACCCUUAUGCUGCAUAAGCUGUUAUAAGUGUCAGCCUAAUGAUUCACCAGGCUAAGGUAAGAUAAGGUAAGGUAACUUUGUUUUAAGUCGUAAAGGUGGGGAGUGGUUGCCCAAUCUCCCAAGCCAGG